AUGCCUUGUACCAUUGGUAACACAGUCAUUGACAAGGCACUGUGUGAUUUGGGCUCCAGCGUUAACCUCAUGCCUCUAUCUAUGAUGAGAAGGGUAUCUAUAGAAAUAGUGAAGCCUACACAGAUGUCAUUAGAGCUAGUAGAUAGAUCUUUGGUAAUUCCCAAGGAAGUGAUUGAAAAUCUCUUGAUCAGAGUAGGGAAAUUCAUAUUCCCUGCAGAUUUUGUAAUACUGGACUUAGGUGAAGAAGGGGAUGACUCUAUCAUAUUGGGAAAUGAUGAGAAGAUCACUCUGAAUGUCUUCCAGGAAGUACAGCACACUGUUGAAGAGAAUAGCUGCAUGAAAGUUGAAGAGGAAGAUGGACAUUAG